AGCAACUGACAGCUAGCAUGUUUAAUAUAUUUCAUUUUUGAUACCCGUGUAUUAUAACUUUGUGCCGGCAGGAAAUAUAUAGAAGCUGUAAUCAAAUGGAAGCAAUUGAGGACUCACUACAUCGGGCAAAGGUGCAGCAGCUACGUGCUUGGGCUCCCUUUGUCGGGCAAUUGAUGACGAUCUUCAGGCAUAAGAUGACUGAAGAUCAGUGGACAAAAUUGAAAAACCUGGAGAGCGACAUGUCGUCGGCGAUGCUUGCGGGCUAUUCCGAGUCCAGGCUGUCAAGACUGGAGACUCAGCUUAACGAAGCCAAGGCCAAAUAUGACAGUUUAUAUCAUCAUACCCAGUUGAUCGCAAUGGAUGACGAUCAGCCAACUAGUUGGCGUUGGCAGCCAACUAGAAAACUGCGUGUGCGUGUUGCACGUUGUUCGCAAUUGGAGAAAAUGCUCGCUGACACCCUAGGCAUGCCACCAACUCGGCCGGACGAGGAGCAGAUACUUGUGAUUAACGAAUGCAAGCUCGAACAGAGCGAAUCACAGGCUGAGCGACUCGAACGCGCUACGAUACCGCCUACAGAGGCAGAGCCGGAUUCAGAGUUAGACGUAAAGCUCGAUGUGGACACCACAACAUCACCACAGCUGGAAGUGUCAAUUGCUACAUCGUCGUCGCCAAUUCCUGGGGAACUAUUAACUAAUGAAAGCGUUGCGGAAGAAGAUGGAUUAUCAACAGCAAAGGAGUUAAUACAGAACGUAGAGCAUGAGGAAUUACCGGAAAUAGAUCAACAACCGGAGCCUGAAAAGGAAGAAGAGCAACUGCAGCAGGUGGAGAUGCAAGUAGAGCAACAAUCGCAAGUCGCAAUAGAACAGGCAGAUAAGCAAAUGUCAGAAUCGCAAGCAGACGUAAAUCAAGACUUAGUUCAACAACAGACACUAGGGCAGAACAUAGAACAACAGCUGAAGUCAGACGAGGACGUGGUCAUGGAGCAGAAACUGCAUUUGAAGGAACAGAAGGAAAAUGAAUUGGAAACAGAUGCAGAGGAAGAACUGACGUCGAAACAAGGGCGAAAAGGUUUCUGCAGUGGCAACAAAUCACUAUUCCUCAACUUUAACAAGUUUUGUAAUAAGUUGAAAAGUCGCAGAAGUCACUUCUCUAUGUCGAGCAGCACCAAUAGCAUCGGAAGUGCUAGCCGAAAAAACGUCAAAGACAAACACUCAAAUUCACCCGAUCACAGCUCCCUCGAAAGCAAAGUUCCCAAACUAAAUUCCCAACCCGAUGUAAUAGUCGACCUGCCAUCAGUGCCUACUGUAUGGCCAUCCGAAAACGAAGUAGUCCCCAUGCAGAAUAUAAUUUGUGUGCAGAAUGUUGGAUUCUGCUUGCGCGGCUCACCAACCCUGAAACCCGCAUAUUAUUGCCGUGUUCCAGACUGCUUGUUUACCUGGUCGAAUGAGCUGGAAGGUCUGGAAAAUCAUUUUACACGUUAUCAUCCGUCGCUGCAGUGGAACGGCAGCUGUACCCAAUGCAGUCGACCCGUCAAGGAAGUACCCGAUAAUUUGAGUAUUCGCGAGGAGCUGCGGCAUAUGGUGCUACAGCAUGUGGAUGUAAUUUUGGUGCCUAAACCACCGGAGCCAGCUGUUGAAACUGCGCCGCCAGAACCUGUGCUGCCCAAGCUGCUUGUGCGUCUAGUCCCAGAGCCCGAACAAGCAACCCAAAUCGAAUCGAAAUCUGUGCCCCAAGAAGCCGUUGAUGAGAAUACAGCGCUUAGCAGUUUGUUAGUCGCCCAACCGUGUCCGCCAUGUUGCCAGCAACAGCAGCUGAACGCCGCCGGUGUUGGAGAGUUGCUGUGCGCCAAGACACCGUUAACGACUCUGGAUGUGCCCGGUUUUAUAAAUUGCAACUCGGAAUUGGGUCAGCAAAUCAAUCAAAUCAGUCUCGCCGAUGCAUCCAUUCCUCUCAUAACGAGCGAGACGGUGCCAUUGCCUGUCGCCACUAAUGAUGACUACGUGAUUACCCAGAGCAUUACGAAAUACUAUGAGGGUCCCAUUCCGGCGGAGAUCAACUUAUCUAUUGAACCCCGACCGACAAGUUCACCACCAAAGGAAGAUCGCACACAAAACGCUGGCAAUCUCGAGCACAGCGUGGCCACUCGCGAGGAGCUACAGGAAUCGUAUUUGCCCACCUCCGUGGCAUUAAGUCAACGCAUACGAGAUGUGCUCAGAGAACAACCUGCUCCGAGCGACACCAAUCACACGAUUAGUCUAACAACUCUAGAGGAAGCAACGACCAAUGCGGCGGAAGCAAACAACAAUACGUCGAUCUGUACUAUAUUUGACGAAUUACUUAAAGACACAGGAUUUACCGCUAUGAACAAUGAAAACACAGAGGCUAAACCUAAUCCCGUCGAAGAAGCGACAGCGGAUGCUCUGCAACCCAACCAACAGAAGCUCAUCAACCUAGUCAAGGCAUCGAAGUCAGCUCAAAGCGUGGCUCAGCUAAAUGCAGACGAGAUCGAGUUGCCUAUUGCACCGGCAAAGUUGACGGUAGCUGGAAAUCAAAUGGUGGUCUUUCCACGUUGUCACUUUGUGCCUAAGGAGUUGCGCUACAAGUGCGGUGUACCCGACUGUGGCCAACAUUUCGACUCAGAGUUGGGGUUCAGCCAGCAUCUGAGCACUCAGCACUACCAUGGAGAUUCCUUUAGGUGUCCGCAUUGUAACUUUAAGAAUCAUUCACUAAUACUGGAGCAGGUGCUGGAACAUUUGGCGCAUCAUAAGCGAUACGUUUAUCAAUGCGGUGCGUGCAGCUCGUUUGCGACAAAACCUUCCAUAAUCGAUCGCCAUAUUCACAGAAGGCAUGCGUCUAAGUUGGGUGUUGAUGUCGAUGUGAUUAUCCAUAAACGCGAUGAUUUGACAACGUACACCAAGCUAGUACGUUGGUUCAAGUCCGUGAAUAUGCUGCGCACUUCGACCGAUGAAUGGUUCUGCAAUCUCUGCCCCACUGCGCUCGCCACCGAGCAUCAGAUGAUUGGACACACGGAGUUGUCACACCAGCGUAAGCAUCAGUAUUGCUGUCCGUAUUGCGAUUACGGCUUCAAGGAUCCCAUAAAAAUUGCCAACCACAUACGUUGUAGCCAUGCCGGCAAACGCAUCCAGCCGCUGCAAUGCUAUCUGCGCAUCAAGAGCAAUCAUCGUUACACACACGGUUUUAUUUGCAACACAUGCCAUGAGGCAACCAACACCAUCCGCAAAAUGGCCAAUCACUGUCAGUUUGCGCAUUCGAAUCGCUUUCAGUACAAGUGUCGCCACUGUGACUUUGGACACAAUAAUCAUCACCUUGUCGCCGCUCAUAUGACGCAGGAACAUCCCGGAAUGCCGGGCCUUCCCAUUCAGCAGUUCGUUCGCUUGGACAACGACAUGCUCGACGUUGACUUUUGGAACAAGGCCCACAUAUUUUUGCCAAAAAAGCCGCAUGGAGCCACCUAAGCCAGUCGCUCCCACCAACCAUGCCCUGGCCAUCCAAACCUUCAACCCCAUCGAGGUAUCGUCGGAUGAAGAGGAUGACCGAGCUUAUAACGCUGAGUGCGCACAGAAGCAGUACGAGUUCGCGUGCUCGCAUUGCACGGAGACGCGCCGCAACAUUGACGAACUGAAAUCGCAACACUGGGCGAUCAAGCAUCCCAAGCAACCCUUCUACUUCUGUGUCCAACCGCAGCUCUGCUGUCCGGUGU